AUGUUUUAUUGCUGUUCAAGGAGAAGGAUUAUGAUUAAACUUUUUAAAGUAAAGGAAAAGCAGAGAGAACUUGCAGAAAAUGCAAGUAGUGGACCACCGGUUAAGAAGCAAAGUGCUGGCGAGUUGCGUCUUCACAAAGAUAUAAGUGAGCUGAAUCUACCAAAAUCUUGUACCAUACAAUUCCCAAAUGGAAAAGAUGACCUGAUGAACUUUGAAGUUUCAAUUCGACCUGAUGAUGGAUAUUACUUAGGUGGCACAUUUUUGUUUUCCUUUCAAGUGUCUCCCAUCUAUCCACAUGAAGCACCAAAGGUUAAGUGCAAGACAAAGGUAUAUCAUCCAAAUAUUGACUUGGAAGGAAAUGUUUGCCUCAACAUCCUACGAGAAGAUUGGAAACCUGUCCUUAACAUAAAUACUGUAAUCUAUGGCUUGUAUCAUCUCUUCACGGAACCAAAUUACGAGGAUCCGCUGAAUCAUGAUGCCGCCGCUGUGUUGAGAGAGAACCCUAAGAUGUUUGAAUCUAAUGUGAGGAGGGCAAUGGCUGGAGGGUACGUGGGGCAAACCUUUUUCCCUCGCUGUAUUUAG